AUGAGCCAGAGUCUCUGGCUUUGGCAGCAGCUCUAGAGCCCCGUCCAGACGUCCCUCGGGAGCGAGCCCCCGCUAUCUCUGCGGUGCCCACUGCAGCCUCGCAGCCCAGGCUGCCUGAAGCCACCAGUUCUCCUGGAGCUCAGCGCGUACGAGAAUCGGAGACCCUCACGGCAGCGUCCCCACCAGGGCAUGAGGAAGGGACCAUCGAAGGAGGCUGGAUGCUACUGGAACAGCGAGUGGAGCACCUGGUACCUGCUUUCCUGGAUGGACACCCCUCCUACCUCUUCACAUUCUUGAGCACGUACAGAGCUUUUGCUACCACCCAGCAGGCCCUGGACAUACUGUUUAUGAGAUACGGAUGCUUCCAUUCGGACGCUGAGGAGGAUGGCGGACCCCGGGAGCAGGAGAAACAGGCCAUCUCCUCCAUCCUGGGCACCUGGCUGGAUCACUACCCCGAGGACUUUUUCCAGCCUCCAGACUUCACCAGCUUGAGGCUGCUGCGGGCGUAUGUAAGGGUCCACAUGCCGGGCUCCGAGCUGCAGCGCCGCGCCCGCCUUCUCUACUCAUGGCGGAAACACCCUUUGGCAGCAGCUCUAGAGCCCCGUCCAGACGUCCCUCGGGAGCGAGCCCCCGCUAUCUCUGCGGUGCCCACUGCAGCCUCGCAGCCCAGGCUGCCUGAAGCCACGAGUUCUCCUGAAGCUCAGCGUGUACGAGAAUCGGAGACCCUCACGGCAGCGUCCCCACCAGGGCAUGAGGAAUGGACCAUCGAAGGAGGCUGGAUGCUACUGGAACAGCGAGUGGAGCACCUGGUACCUGCUUUCCUGGGUGGAGACCCCUCCUACCUCUACCUCUACACAUUCUUGAGCACGUACAGAGCUUUUGCUACCACCCAGCAGGUCCUGGACAUACUGUUUAUGAGAUACGGAUGCUUCCAUUCGGACGCUGAGGAGGAUGGCGGACCCCGGGAGCAGGAGAAACAGGCCAUCUCCUCCAUCCUGGGCACCUGGCUGGAUCACUACCCCGAGGACUUUUUCCAGCCUCCAGACUUCACCAGCUUGAGGCUGCUGCGGGCGUAUGUAAGGGUCCACAUGCCGGGCUCCGAGCUGCAGCGCCGCGCCCGCCUUCUCUACUCAUGGCGGAAACACCCUUUGGCAGCAGCUCUAGAGCCCCGUCCAGACGUCCCUCGGGAGCGAGCCCCCGCUAUCUCUGCGGUGCCCACUGCAGCCUCGCAGCCCAGGCUGCCUGAAGCCACGAGUUCUCCUGAAGCUCAGCGUGUACGAGAAUCGGAGACCCUCACGGCAGCGUCCCCACCAGGGCAUGAGGAAUGGACCAUCGAAGGAGGCUGGAUGCUACUGGAACAGCGAGUGGAGCACCUGGUACCUGCUUUCCUGGGUGGAGACCCCUCCUACCUCUACCUCUACACAUUCUUGAGCACGUACAGAGCUUUUGCUACCACCCAGCAGGUCCUGGACAUACUGUUUAUGAGAUACGGAUGCUUCCAUUCGGACGCUGAGGAGGAUGGCGGACCCCGGGAGCAGGAGAAACAGGCCAUCUCCUCCAUCCUGGGCACCUGGCUGGAUCACUACCCCGAGGACUUUUUCCAGCCUCCAGACUUCACCAGCUUGAGGCUGCUGCGGGCGUAUGUAAGGGUCCACAUGCCGGGCUCCGAGCUGCAGCGCCGCGCCCGCCUUCUCUACUCAUGGCGGAAACACCCUUUGGCAGCAGCUCUAGAGCCCCGUCCAGACGUCCCUCGGGAGCGAGCCCCCGCUAUCUCUGCGGUGCCCACUGCAGCCUCGCAGCCCAGGCUGCCUGAAGCCACGAGUUCUCCUGAAGCUCAGCGUGUACGAGAAUCGGAGACCCUCACGGCAGCGUCCCCACCAGGGCAUGAGGAAUGGACCAUCGAAGGAGGCUGGAUGCUACUGGAACAGCGAGUGGAGCACCUGGUACCUGCUUUCCUGGGUGGAGACCCCUCCUACCUCUACCUCUACACAUUCUUGAGCACGUACAGAGCUUUUGCUACCACCCAGCAGGUCCUGGACAUACUGUUUAUGAGAUACGGAUGCUUCCAUUCGGACGCUGAGGAGGAUGGCGGACCCCGGGAGCAGGAGAAACAGGCCAUCUCCUCCAUCCUGGGCACCUGGCUGGAUCACUACCCCGAGGACUUUUUCCAGCCUCCAGACUUCACCAGCUUGAGGCUGCUGCGGGCGUAUGUAAGGGUCCACAUGCCGGGCUCCGAGCUGCAGCGCCGCGCCCGCCUUCUCUACUCAUGGCGGAAACACCCUUUGGCAGCAGCUCUAGAGCCCCGUCCAGACGUCCCUCGGGAGCGAGCCCCCGCUAUCUCUGCGGUGCCCACUGCAGCCUCGCAGCCCAGGCUGCCUGAAGCCACGAGUUCUCCUGAAGCUCAGCGUGUACGAGAAUCGGAGACCCUCACGGCAGCGUCCCCACCAGGGCAUGAGGAAUGGACCAUCGAAGGAGGCUGGAUGCUACUGGAACAGCGAGUGGAGCACCUGGUACCUGCUUUCCUGGGUGGAGACCCCUCCUACCUCUACCUCUACACAUUCUUGAGCACGUACAGAGCUUUUGCUACCACCCAGCAGGUCCUGGACAUACUGUUUAUGAGAUACGGAUGCUUCCAUUCGGACGCUGAGGAGGAUGGCGGACCCCGGGAGCAGGAGAAACAGGCCAUCUCCUCCAUCCUGGGCACCUGGCUGGAUCACUACCCCGAGGACUUUUUCCAGCCUCCAGACUUCACCAGCUUGAGGCUGCUGCGGGCGUAUGUAAGGGUCCACAUGCCGGGCUCCGAGCUGCAGCGCCGCGCCCGCCUUCUCUACUCAUGGCGGAAACACCCUUUGGCAGCAGCUCUAGAGCCCCGUCCAGACGUCCCUCGGGAGCGAGCCCCCGCUAUCUCUGCGGUGCCCACUGCAGCCUCGCAGCCCAGGCUGCCUGAAGCCACGAGUUCUCCUGAAGCUCAGCGUGUACGAGAAUCGGAGACCCUCACGGCAGCGUCCCCACCAGGGCAUGAGGAAUGGACCAUCGAAGGAGGCUGGAUGCUACUGGAACAGCGAGUGGAGCACCUGGUACCUGCUUUCCUGGGUGGAGACCCCUCCUACCUCUACCUCUACACAUUCUUGAGCACGUACAGAGCUUUUGCUACCACCCAGCAGGUCCUGGACAUACUGUUUAUGAGAUACGGAUGCUUCCAUUCGGACGCUGAGGAGGAUGGCGGACCCCGGGAGCAGGAGAAACAGGCCAUCUCCUCCAUCCUGGGCACCUGGCUGGAUCACUACCCCGAGGACUUUUUCCAGCCUCCAGACUUCACCAGCUUGAGGCUGCUGCGGGCGUAUGUAAGGGUCCACAUGCCGGGCUCCGAGCUGCAGCGCCGCGCCCGCCUUCUCUACUCAUGGCGGAAACACCCUUUGGCAGCAGCUCUAGAGCCCCGUCCAGACGUCCCUCGGGAGCGAGCCCCCGCUAUCUCUGCGGUGCCCACUGCAGCCUUGCAGCCCAGGCUGCCUGAAGCCACGAGUUCUCCUGAAGCUCAGCGUGUACGAGAAUCGGAGACCCUCACGGCAGCGUCCCCACCAGGGCAUGAGGAAUGGACCAUCGAAGGAGGCUGGAUGCUACUGGAACAGCGAGUGGAGCACCUGGUACCUGCUUUCCUGGGUGGAGACCCCUCCUACCUCUACCUCUACACAUUCUUGAGCACGUACAGAGCUUUUGCUACCACCCAGCAGGUCCUGGACAUACUGUUUAUGAGAUACGGAUGCUUCCAUUCGGACGCUGAGGAGGAUGGCGGACCCCGGGAGCAGGAGAAACAGGCCAUCUCCUCCAUCCUGGGCACCUGGCUGGAUCACUACCCCGAGGACUUUUUCCAGCCUCCAGACUUCACCAGCUUGAGGCUGCUGCGGGCGUAUGUAAGGGUCCACAUGCCGGGCUCCGAGCUGCAGCGCCGCGCCCGCCUUCUCUACUCAUGGCGGAAACACCCUUUGGCAGCAGCUCUAGAGCCCCGUCCAGACGUCCCUCGGGAGCGAGCCCCCGCUAUCUCUGCGGUGCCCACUGCAGCCUCGCAGCCCAGGCUGCCUGAAGCCACGAGUUCUCCUGAAGCUCAGCGUGUACGAGAAUCGGAGACCCUCACGGCAGCGUCCCCACCAGGGCAUGAGGUACUCCCAGCUCUGGCUGACAGUCAGGAGCUGGAAGAGCCACCUGCCCCUUUGGUGGCCCCAGAACAUGAGCAGCCCUCAGCCCCAGCCGGCGGGGUCACGGAAGGGCUGGAGCAACCACCUGCUGCAGCUGAGCAACCAGCCUCAGCUCCCCAACAGCGGCUCAUGUCGGCUGCAGCCCCAAACGAUGAAUUCCCUGACCUUUUCGUUGCGUUCUUUCUCAUUUUAGUAGUGGGUAUAGAGGUAUUUAGUGUCCUUAUGUACUAUUGGUUUAUACUUAAAACAUAAAUUAAGUUUCAAAAAAUGUACUCUGAUCCUUUGAAAUUACAACUUCAAGUGUCAGUACGUA